AUGGACCAACCGACGCGAAACUCCGAGGCUGAAGUCUAUGCUGCCAACCUCAACUUUACUCUCAAGGAGCUGCAACGCCGUGUGCGUGAGCAUCAAGAGGAGCUGGAUAGACUGCGCUCAGCCCAGCCCGAUGCUGCUAUGCUGUCGGCAGAGGGCCAAGCCCUCGUGAUCAAAGAUGCCCUCAACAGCAUCAACGCUUCGGAGCCGUUUCUCCCCUUUGCCGGCUCCGUCCUCCCGGCGCUUCUGGCCCAGCGGCGCACCCAUCAAACCAUCUCAGAAUCCAAGGCAUAUCUCGGGUCGGAAGCCGCGUCGGCAGACAGCGAGCGGAAGCAGCUGGAGUCGGACCGCGCCGCCCUCAAAGACCAGCACCUGCUCACGGAAGCGCUGACGUCGCGCCUCUCCGCGCUGCGCGCCGAACUCCGAUCCAAGGCGGAAAUGAGACCCGAGGACAGCGCCCGCGAGAAGAUGGACCAGCUGCGCGCCCGGGACAAGACGUACGUCAGGGAGACGCGCAAGCUGAUGAAGGCGCUGGGCGACUUCACCGACACCCAGCUCGCGCCUAUGCUGGCGGCGGAGGAACUGGGCGGCCCGGUGGUGGGGGACGUCAUGGAGAUCGACCCGGACGAGCUGGCUGCCGGGUUUGAUGAAAAGGGCAAGCUGAGGAAGUCCAAGGCCGGCGGCGGCGGUGACGCGGAUAAGCGGCAGAGGAGGAUUGACGAGAUAUGGGGGCCGGCGACCAGAAACCCUGCGAGGCAGGCAGAGGCACCUGACGGCCAAGAGGAGAUUGCCAUUGCGGGAAGGGAGAUGCGCGGCCUGAUGGAGGAGCUGCUCAACAGACUGGCAAAAGCAAAAGGGGACAAUUCUGCUUCCUACGUCGUCCUGGAGAGGGAGUCCGCCGCGGCGAGGUUCCUCGUCAGAUCCAAGGUGGCCCAGUUCCACCCAAAGGACGCCAACAAGCUAAGGUUGAUAGAUUUCGGCAGAGACUUGGAUGACUGA